AUGAUUCAAGAGAAGGCCCUGAGUCUAUUCAAUGAACUGAAGGCUGAGUAUGGUGAGGAUGUAUCAUUCACUGCAAGUCAUGGGUGGUUUAACUGCUUCAAGGCGCGCAAUAACUUGCAUGACGUGAAGGUGUCUGGUGAGGCGGCGAGUGCAGAUGUUAAGGCAGCUGAGGAAUUCCCAGGAAAACUAACAGAAAUUAUCUGCCAGGAGGCUACACACCACAACAGAUUUUCAACGUGGAUGAAACUGGCCUCUACUGGAAAAAAAUGCCUGACUGAACCUACAUCAGCGAUUUUUCAGGAGUGGUUUUAUAAUCAAUUUAUCCCUGAGGUGAAGAAGUAUUGUCGGAGCAACUCCAUUCCAUUCAACGUCCUCCUGGUGCUGGAUAACGCCCUUGGCCACCCAUCUUACCUAGAUGACUUUCACCCUAAUGUCAAGGUUGUCUACCUGCCACCCAACACAACCUCCAUUAUACAACCUAUGGACCAGGGAGUCAUCGUAACAUUCAAGAAAUACUAUCUAAGGUGCACUUUCCGCCAGGCACUGAAGGCAACAGACAAGACUGAUAUGACUCUGAGCGAAUUUUGGAAGUCAUAUAACAUCUACAAUGCCAUAAAAAACAUUAAUACCACCUGGCGGGAAGUUACAACCACCUGUAUGAAUGCUGUAUGGAAAAAGCUCUGCCCUCAGGUUGUUCAUGAUUUCACUGGGUUUGAAAAUAUUCAGCAGGAGCAGGAGGAGGUUGUUGACAAUUUAAUCUCCAUGAGUGAGAAACUGGAGCUAGAGCUGGAGGAGCAGGACUUCACAGAGUUCUUUGAUGACCAUGACAAGGAGCUGUCUAAUGAUGAACUACGAGAAUUGGAGAAGCAGAGGAAGGAGGCAGCCUUGGCAAAUUUUGAAGAAGAGGACCCAAAUGAAGAACGACAUGCCAAGGUGUCAGCAGCUGUUCAUGAUGAAUUUAAAUGCUACCGCAUCAUAUACGAGGAAAAAAAGAAGGCUGUGAGCAAGUCAUCACUUCAUUGGUUCUUCAAACGGGUAGAUAAACGUGAGGCAACAGUACCAUCCACUCCUCAGUCAGUGCCAUCUACCCCUGAGCCAGUGUCAUCUUCAUCCUCUACCCACACGCCUGACGCUGACAGCGAUGCUGACGACCCCUCCCCCAUCUCGUAA